GAGCCUUACUUAAAAAUUUCUACGGGAAGUUCAGUAGAAUUUAGUUUUAAAUCGUAUCACCACUGUAUUGCAAGAACAACAGAGCAUUCAGUUUUGCCAAAUGGAUCGGAAGAUCGAUACAACCUUGGAGGAAAGACUCAGCGAUAUUGACGAAUUUAUCCAGUCUGAACUGGGAUUCCCUCCUGUGAGUCAUAACUCAGAGUCAGUUACAGUCGAAGAACUUUACAGCAUAAGCUCCCUGUUUCGUGAAGCUGGGGACGAAUUAUUAGAGAACGAGACAAAUUGUGUCCCGAAGAGGGCUUGCGAAGUUGAAGUAGAAGUUCAGAUCGUGGGUCUCAAAGAUGUCUACGACAAAAAGACGAAGAAAACUAAAGAAGGAUUUGAAUAUCGCUUGGACGACGCAGAAGUAACUGUGAUUGUCCAAGCAUCUGAUGAAAUCUCCAGUAUUCGAGCUUACACUCAAAGGUGUCACGAGGCUGCGAUGAGGACUCAUGAUACAAUUGGUCCAGUGGAACUUGAUGUAAAAGUUGUUCAGAGUGAGGCCAGAUUCCGAGUCGUUGUAGUAGACCUUGGGUCGGUGUACAAGACACAGGGAGGUGAUCCAGUCUACUGGCUAGAGAAAGCAGAAGUCAUUGAAAGGAACAAAUGGGAAAUGAUGAUAGAAAUGGAGUUUGGUUCAGACUUGAAAGGAACAGUUAAGUCAGAGCCAUUCAGAGUUACAACCAAAGCAAGUUACAAGAUAAAAGGGAAAGGAGAUUUGCCCAGCUGUGGAAAUGUACAAAGGUUAUUUCGAAAAUUCGGUUGGCCAAGUGACAGCAGAGAUGUUCCUGAUAGACCCUUUAGUGGAAUAAAACAAGAAUUUUCAAAUGAAGCGGCAUGUUCUUUGAGCGGAGAAUUAGACGCCUUCUCUUUUACAAAGGAGGACGACAAUACAUCGGGACACUUUCCUGCUGACAGUUUUGAGACCGAUCUCGAGUCUGGUUGUGAACCCUUGGCUGGCAGGAAAAUUUUGUUUAGAGAUCACACCACUUUAGAUAGAAAGAUGGUUUCAAAGUAUUACAAUAGCAAAUCAUCAAUUCACUAUAUUGUGGAGCAACCCGAGGAUCCUGGUCUUCUAAAGUUGGUUGGGAAAAGAUGUAUGGUUGGGAGCACUCGCCGUAAAGCAAACGGACACAAGAGCGCCGAAGAGGAUUUCUGGUGGGCUUGUGGGCACUGUUUCUUCGAACGUCGUAAGAAGUCGACCAUUAAAGCGCAUGUUAGUCAAAGGGUUUGUCAAAAGUCGAUUGAAAAUAAAUUGUCGAAGAGAAAAUUAACAAGCCGCCAACACAGUGAAAGUGACUUAGUGGAACCUCAUUUUCUUGGUUAUACGUGGAAGGACUCUCUUUCUGUGUGAAUUGUGUAAUACUAUUGAGGUAUAUUAAUGGUUGACGCUCACUGAAAGUGAAGUAAAGUAAAGUAAAGUAAAGUAUUUUGUUAAUUAUGCCAGAUAAUAUGUAAUUAAA